GUCAAACAAACAGGGCCAACGGUAGUGGCUUGUUGUGUUAUUUUGUAUUUUUAAUUUUAAGUUAUUAUUUACUGUAUACUGCUUUCAAAAAUGUAUCGGAACCCGGGUAUGGCAGAGUUCGAAAUCGAAACAAAGAGGUCCAAAAAUACUUGGAGUCGAAAAUUAUCUCAUUUCUGUUAUAAUGAAAACACAGGAGCUUUCCUUGGAAGAACUCCGAAAAGUUGGGGUAAAAUUCUCCUCUUCUACUUCAUAUUUUACGCAGUUUUGGUAGCUAUAUUUGCAAUCUGCAUGGUAACAUUCCUCCAACAUUACAUCAACCCUCGAGUGCCCCGUCUUCAGCAGGAUUACGGCCUCAUCGGGACCAGUCCAGGGCUUGGCUUCCGCCCUCUACCCCCAGAUGUUAGGAGCACCCUGAUAUACUAUAAAGGAUCCGGCUAUGAUGAUUACAAGUAUUGGGAGAACCAACUAAUUGAUUUUUUGUCAGUGUACAAGAAGAAAGGUCAGACCGCCGGCGCUGGUCAGAACAUCUUCGACUGUGACUUCAACAAGCUGCCGCCGCCGGGGAAGGUCUGCGACGUGGAUGUGCGCGGCUGGGAGCCCUGCAUCCAGGAGAACCACUUCUCGUUCCACAAGUCCUCGCCUUGUAUCUUCUUGAAGCUGAACAGAAUCUACGGUUGGCGGCCUGAGUACUACAACGAGACAGACAGCCUGCCAUCGGACAUGCCGCGCGAGUUGCAAUACCACGUGCGAAACAUCAGCUCCAGUAUCAACAGGAACUAUGUAUGGGUACAGUGUUACGGCGAGACCCCGGCGGACAAGGAGAACAUCGGCCCGAUCGAGUACCUCCCGGGCCCAGGGUUCCCCGGCUACUUCUAUCCCUACGAGAACGCCGAGGGGUACCUCAGCCCGCUGGUGGCUGUUCAUCUGCAGAGGCCUAAGACUGGCAUCGUUAUAAACAUAGAAUGCCGAGCGUGGGCGCGGAAUAUCAAAUAUGACAGGAGGGAGCGGCUUGGAGUAGUACAUUUUGAGCUCAUGAUAGAGUAAUUUGUAUGUAUGUAUGUAUGUAUGACCGUUUCCCCCGUAGCACGCGCGACGUUAGCAUUAUCGCGCGAAAAACUAUCGCUCUUUCGCUAUCGCUCUUUUAUUUUAACGUGAAACGGUACAGCGAUAUAGUAUAUGCUCGCGAUAAAAACGGCGUCGCGCGUGACAUACCGCGGGGGCUGAUGAUUUUGAGGGGCUGAUGAUCGAGCAGCUAUACACCAUAGAGUUUGGAUAGUUUAGGAAAAUUGUACAAUGUAUAUACAUACAUACAUCUUCCCGAUUCAUAACUCUCUCCAUACAAGCUCGAGGUACUCUUGACCUGACCUUUGGCCGUUGUACAAUAUGUUAACAAUUUUUGCCUGUUCCAAUUAAUGUUAUAUCUGUAGUUUUUUUGGUCACAAGCCAUUUUCUGUCAUAUAUCUCUAAUGUUUACCUAUAACGACUGAGCCUAACAUAAAUAAAUAUGAUAUGAAAUGAGAAGCUAAUAAAUUUUAUGUUCAAGGUCAUUUCAUGUUCAAAAAAUUGCAAUAUUAUAAUACAAAAAAAAAACAUUUGUACGUUCUAUCGUCACUCAAGUUAAAGAAUUUUAAAAUGUAAAAGAAAAUUCAGUAUAUGAAUCUCAAAUGAAUACAAUUAUACAGUAGAAUAAAUAAAUGCAUUUUUUAAUUUUUUAUUAGACUUUAAAAAAAACGCAUUUCCAAAGUAGUGUAAUAUUUUUUUGUAGAUUAAAACAAUUUACUUUAUAAGGCGAACCCCGGGCUCCUCUCCAGAGCGGUGAGGAUGCAACCGGGACUAAUUCCGGGUGAAAGAAGAAGAUAAUGUAGAUCUUAAUUUUUAUCCGAGCCAUUUUUAUUGCAUAUAUUUUAAAUGUGUUCUUUAUUAUAUUUGUUUUGUAUCUCACAAUGUGGUACUUUAGAAAUAAGCUUAAAUAAACUAAAACACUGGUUUUGUGGUUAAAUAAUUAACUAUUAUAUGAAUUUUUCUUAGUUUUGUACUGAUGAAUUUUUUUUUACGAAACUGAUUUUUCGAAAAAUAUUGAAUUUUAUUUUUUUUUACAAAAUACUUUUAAAUUUGAUUCCUUUAAAAUCAGGAAAUAAGAUUGUUUAUAAAACAUAUGUGUCUAAUAAGAUAAGGAUUUUUUUUUCUGCUAGGUUAGUACCAGACUUCGUGUUUUUUAUAUAUAUUUUUAUGUUAUAUUAAAUUAGAUAUAACUUGUAAGACACCAGUCUUAAUAUUUGAAUAUACCGUCCAGUUUAUGCAUAUCUUAGACUGAUAUUUUUAUAUAAAUAUAUUCUUCAAGUAUGAAUUAUAUUUAUUCUUUGACAUUUUUCUUUCACGAUGCUGAUACUAUGUAAAAAGCAUAUACCUAAAUCGGAAUAAUACUCAUAAGAAAAAUAAAAAUGCCAUAUUGUUCUGCAAACAUUAUAGCACCAAUUUGAAAAGCUGUCAAAUAAAUCUUAAAAUUGUUAUUGAAUACUAAAACAGUACUAACCACUUCUAUAUUUUGUGUAUAUAAUUCCGAAUUCUGUGGUUAAACGAUAGCUUGAUUUCUGACAGUUGGAUAAAACCAUAACCUCAUUGGUAAGUGGGGAAGUCAUAACCUAUAUUAACUUAUCUAUUAUUUCGCCUUUUUUACGGACCUCGUUCACUCAAUUCUAUGCGGCAAUAAAUCUACUGCCUUCUAUUAUUUUUUUUUAUUUUUUUUUAUAUAUUUGGAUGACCAACAGCAUGUUUUGCAAUCAUUAGCUAAUAAAAUAUACAUUUAAGAGCCAAUUACAGGUCUUGACUAAUACAAACAGUUUAAAAAUAAAAUUUUCGAGAACGCCAAUUAAACUAAAAGAAAACAUUCAAAUAAAUUGUUUAUGUUAAUAUCUGAAGGGAUAUUUAAUUUAGUUUUCGUCUUUAACACUUCUAAUGUAAGGUCACAUGUAAAGGCUUGAAAUGUUGAACAAAAUGUAACAAGUCGUUCAAAUUCCCGCCAAAAAUUAUGGAUUUGACAUCUGAUAUGAAAGAUCAAGCCAUCUGUUUUUCAAAAUGUCGAAAUAAUCACUUCUUUAUACAAUUUUUAUGAUAUUUGUUCUGCGCUUUUCUCUUUACAUUUAAGAAUUUACAAAUAUUGUUUAUUUUUACAAUAGUUACUUAAUAUUUUUAUACUUUCACUUUACUCUCUUUAAGGAAUUUACAAUGAUAUGUUUUUAUUUAUAAUUUGACUGUUGUAUUAAAUGCAGCUUGCUUAUCAUGCAAGCAAGAAGUAUUUUUUUUUUACAAAAGGUAAUAAUAAGUCAAUACAGCUUAAAAAUAAUCCUCCAAUUAACAAGUUAAAACGCCAGUUAUACUUGUUUUUUAAAAACUCAAACAAACCUGUUAGGUACUUGGGGUUCCAUGUUUUUUUUUAUUCAAAUCUUUGUAUUAUGUUUGCAUGUCGUCAUGCGAUGCUCUUUUGUUAAUUUCCCUUUCAGGUCAAGUACCGUCUGUGAAUAAGAUCUUACCUUUAUUGAAAGAAAGAAUAUGAACUGCCUGACAAACCUUGCUGUAACUAUAAACUAUGUAAUAUUCAUUUUUAUUGAAAAAGUAUGUAAUAGGUACUCACGAUUAAGGUGUGUUUUUGUUGUUGUAAAUAACCUAUAACGUAGUUCAGAAAUAUGAGCCUGAUAGACUUUAUUAUCAUAUACCGAAUCUCUACUUUAUUAAUUUUAUAUUUCGAUGUAUAAAUUUUAAAAUAAUAAUAAUAAUAUAUUCCAAUUUAAUAUUAUUAUCCGUCCAGUAAAGAUCUGCCUUAUACUUUUAUAGUUGUAAGUUUGAAAACUUGUGUGCCUCGAAUAUAU